AUACGCUUGAGCAUUCAGUAUUAAAGUAAGCGAGUAUAACAAACGCAAAAAAGAAUAUUACAUUACAUUUUAAGAACUUCAAUUAAGUUACAAACGUAACUUUGCUUGAUCUGUAUGACAACGGCGCCACCUGCCGGCUAGUCCUUAUAACAGGCAAUGGGAUAAAACGGCUACAACAAUGUAUCAAAUGUAGACUUUAGAUUGAAAGAUUAAAUAAUUUAUAUACUUGAAUGCACUUAGGAAAUACUGUGCUUUCAUACAUUCGAACCAGGGUAAAAAAAAAAAAACGGCAUGUGAACUCCAUGUGAACAUGGAGAACUGGGUCUGAACAAUGUAACCUUUUUGCAAUUUCAGUUAUCACGAUAAAAUCUGAUAACUGUCUGCUAAAGUAAGCCAAUGAUGUUGAUUGUUUUUUUUAAAUGCCACAGAAUUGACACGCGUGUCCCGUCUGUAUGGUAUGGUGCAAAUGGUACCGUCCGCACGCCGUUCCUGGAAACCAUCCGUUCUCUUUUUCCACGUUAAGGUCGAAAGGCACGUAUUACACCACAGCAUUGGUUUGGUUAAUGAACGACCGGGUACACACCGUCGUCCCAUCCUCCGUACUGUCACGAUUGGCACACAAUCUUGACAGGCAUUCUGUCGCGGAGGCGCGAUUGGUUCGUGGGAAUUCCGUGCACUGGAUGCGUAUGGAUUGUAGAGAGGCGGGGCGCAACGCAUCCUCCGGCACCGACCAUUCAGUGAGUAAAAUCGUAGCACGCGAUUCACGGCACAGGAUCCAGGUCGCACCUGCUACGACGUAGUUUCGGUCCCUGCGUUGUGGAGAGAAAAAAAAAAAUCGUUUGGCAAUCAUGCCCAAAAUGGCUGAUAACCGGACUCAUUUGAUCCUGGAGAAUUACAUAGGGGGGAAAUUCGUGCCCUGCGCUCGGCAUAUAGACUCCUGUGAUCCAUCUACGGGCGAGGUGUACUGCAGAGUUCCGGACAGCGACACGGAAGAGGUGGAGGCGGCGGUGAAGGCCGCCCAGGAGGCCUUCCCUGAUUGGUCCUCCCGGAGCCCGGCUGAGAGGGGCAAGGUCCUCCACAAGCUGGCCGACCUCAUCGACGCCCACCUCGAGGAGUUCGCCCAGGCAGAGUCCAAGGACCAAGGGAAGGCCAUCACCUUCGCCCGCACCGUGGACAUCCCCAGAUCCGCGUACAACUUCCGCUUCUUCGCCUCCUCCAUCCUGCACCACACCACCGACUGCAGCCAGAUGGACCACCUGGGCUGCAUGAGCUACACCGUGCGUAGCCCUGUGGGAGUGGCUGGGCUGAUCAGCCCCUGGAACCUGCCGCUCUACCUCCUGACCUGGAAGAUCGCCCCAGCCAUCGCCGCCGGCAACACGGUGGUGGCCAAGCCCAGCGAGAUGACCUCCGUCACCGCCUGGAUGAUGUGCAAGCUGCUGGAGGAGGCCGGCAUGCCCCCCGGCGUGGUGAACAUCGUUUUCGGGACGGGGCCGCGGGCGGGCGACGCCCUGGUGUCCCACCCCGACGUGCCGCUGAUCUCCUUCACUGGGAGCACAGCCACCGCCCGGGUCAUCACCGAACACAGCGCCCCCUACUGCAAGAGGCUGUCCCUGGAGCUGGGCGGCAAGAACCCCGCCCUGGUCUUCCAGGACGCCGACCUGGACGAGUGCAUCGCCACCACCGUCCGCUCCAGCUUCUCCAACCAGGGCGAGAUCUGUCUGUGCACCAGCCGGAUUUUCGUGGAGCGGAGCAUCUACCCGGAAUUCCUGAAGAGGUUCGUGGAAGCCGCCCGGCAGUGGAAAACCGGCGUUCCCACGGACAACGGCAGCUACAACGGAGCCCUUAUCAGCAAAGAACACUUAGAGAAGGUCCGGGGCUACGUGAAGCUGGCCCAGGCGGAGGGAGGCCAGGUGCAUUGCGGGGAGGGUGUGGACGCGCUGGACCUGCCGGAGCGGUACCGGGGCGGGUUCUUCAUGCUGCCCACGGUGAUCAGCGACGUGGCGGACGCCUCGCGCUGCAUGCAGGAGGAGAUCUUCGGCCCGGUGACGUGCGUGGUGCCCUUCGACGGCGAGGACGAGGCGGUCCGCCGCGCCAACGGGGUGCGAUACGGGCUGUCCGCCACCGUCUGGUCCCGCGACGUGGGCCGCGUCCACCGCGUGGCCCGCGGCCUGCAGGCGGGCCUGGUCUGGACCAACUGCUGGCUGAUCCGCGACCUCAACCUGCCCUUCGGCGGGGUGAAGGACUCGGGGAUCGGCCGGGAGGGGGCGCGAGACUCCUACCACUUCUUCACCGAGGUGAAGACCAUCGCCGUGAAGCACUGAGCCGCCACGCGCUCCAUCGGCACCCCCGCUCUGUCCUCAUCGUUACCCCCAUUUUACACAGCACUGUGACUGAUUUCACCUUCACAGUCACUGAUUUCACCUUCACAGUCACUGAUUUCACCUUCACAGUGACUGGUUUAACCUUUACAGUCACUGAUUUGACCUUCACAAUAACUGAUUCGACCUUCACAGUGACUGGUUUGACCUUCACAAUAACUGAUUUGACCUUCACAGUGAUUCAUUUGACCUUCACAGUGAUUGGUUUGACCUUCACAGUGAUUGGUUUGACCUGGUAUUUUCUACAGUGCCGAGUUCCUCGAUUUUCCUCUGUCAUUACAUAUUUGUCAGAUCUUCAGACAAAAUAAAAUUGAAUAAACUGAAAAAAUAGAAAACGAAUAAACACAAAGCACAUUUUAAAAAUUAUUUAAUUUCAUUUAAAUAUGGUGUUUGAUAACGUCUUGUCAUUAAAUAAGUGUAAUAAUCAUUUACUAAAUGUGUUUUACGUUUACUUAGGCUCCCUUUGUCCAAUAUUACAUUUUGUCUAAAGAUCUGAAACCAUUAUACAGUAAAUCAGGGAGGACAGAAUGUGUAUAAUUUGUGAACACUUUUAACAAAGGUAUUUAAGUGUUUUCAAAUUUUGGACUGUUGGUCUGCUGAGAUGUAUCUUAGGGGGCGUAUUUUAAAAAAUAAUUUUGGAAGCAAUGUUUUUGAGGGAUACAUUGAAAAGUUUUAACACUUGACAUUAAGUGUUGUCCUGUACAUGGCCUUCCUUUGAAUUGUAAAUGGUUGGCAUUUAUAUAGCGCCUUUAUCCAAAGCACUGUACAAUUGAUGCUUCUCAUUCACUCAUUCAUACACACACUCACACACCGACGGCGAUUGGCUGCCAUGCAAGGCACCGACCAGCUCGUCAGGAGCAUUUGGGGGUUAGGUGUCUUGCUCAGGGACACUUUGACACAGCCCGGGCGGGGGAUCGAACCGGCAACCCUCCGACUGCCAGACGACUGCUCUUACGGCCUGAGCCCUUUGACUCGAUGUAUGUACUAAACAAAGCACUUGGGUGGGUGUGUGCUGUAGCCACUUUACACUUCAGAAAGCAGCAUGUGAGCUCUGCAUUUGUAGCUGAUAUUAUAGUAAAGUUACGUGUGAAAAAUAUUUUUAAAGCUAACUGGGAUUAGCUUAUUUUAAAUAUCAUUUCUGAGUAUUUGGAAUGUAUUUGCAAAACAUGUCAUUGGGCAUACUCCCAAAUACCAACCAAAUACUUUUACCACAGACGUGGUCAUUAGGUCAAGGAAUAUACAAGGUUAGGAAAACACUAAUGACUUACUAAAUUACUACCUUUGUGAUCAUAUUUCAGAUUCCACUGGAGAUUAGCAAUAUUCGUUUGCUUGGGGGAAUGUGUGACACAUUUUAUUUUGACCUUCGCUCUGUUAAAGAACUCACUAAGUGAUAUAAUUUACUAUUCGCCAUGGAAACACCAAUGAGUGUGUUUCCUGUGAUUGACAGUAUACAGUAUGUUCUCCAACAAUCUGCCGAAUCUGCAAAAUCAGUACCUCUGGAAUUAUGUCCCAUAUUAAACUGUGAAAGUAACAUUUCAGGGUUGUAUUUCAUUUCUAGAAUAUUAUUUUUCAAUGCUGACAUUUAGAUUUGUAAUCAGAUUGCCUGAUG